AUGACUUCCAACACCAUCUCUCAACUCCCCACCGCAGAGCAACGUCAAGACAUCACCGCCCGCUUGGCAGACCUCAUCACAGCCAUUGAGUCUCAUUCUCAAUGGACUCCCCCCAAUGUUGAUCGUGGCCUCUUCCACGUCUGGGACUUUGUCAAGAGAUCUCACUAUAUCAUGACCGAGCUGGACAACAUCGCUGCUGGUCGAAAAGUUCAGCACCCAGAACAAAUUCCCAAGAACGAAGGUGUCGCUUCUGGCUCUGAAGCUGCCCUCGCUUCCUACACCGACGUUUGCACACGUUCCAUCACAAUCAACGAGAUGAUUCAAAAUCCUCGUAUGCUCGUCAUGCUCGGCCUCUCCAACGUCGACUUCGGCUCCGCUAUUCAAGAAAAAUCAGCAGCCGUCAAGGAGGCAAUCAAGAGCGCAAACUAG